CUGACAGGCCAGCCACCGCACACCACACGACAUCGCUCGAACGACGCCAGGUAUCGAACGCCCCGCAGCUCGUCGCAUUCAAGCAGUGCUCAGGCAGACGCACGCUCACUACGUCUUGGCACCGCUGACGCACAGCUCUACAGACACACUGCAAGCCAGUGGCAUGUGCAAACCGCCCACGCCCGACGCCAUGGCGGCCCCGGAGGAGGUGGAAGUGAAAGAAGACACGCCCCCGACGCGCUGCGACAAAGCCAAGAGCUUCUACCUUCAAAACAGCUUCAUGGUCAAUGUGAUAAUUGUCAUUGGGAUCGCGAGGGCCCACGCGUCCCUGACCACGAAAUCUUAUGAAGACGUUUUAUCGAUCCUAGCCAUCGUCGCCGUGAUCUGGAUCUUUCUCUUCACGGGACUCGGUCUGCGGACGCGAGAACUCGUGAAGGCGCUCAAAAACUACAAAUUUAAUGCAUUUGUGCAACUGUUCAACCUCGGGUUAUUACCCGUGGCGAUCUGGGCCGUAUCUCGUGUACUCAUUGAUAUCAAAGUCCUCUCCACACCACUAGCGAACGGCGUGGCCGUGUGCGCGUUUUUACCGAUGACGGUCAAUAUGGUAAUUGUUCUGACGAAAAGUUCGGUGCGAUAUCGGCGUCCCGGCGUGUUGUCGUGUCUUCACUUUGUUCAUGUGACUCGUGUCCAUCUCACGACGACGUGGGUGGUUUCUUUUGUGAUUUUGAGGCCAUUCGUACAUCGAGCGACAGUGAUGCUCCGCGCAGGGUGGCGACGAGGCCGCCGCGGUGUUUAAUUCAGCGUGCGGCAACCUGCUCGGGGUCUUCGUCACGCCGGCCUGGGUCCAGGCUCUGUUAGGCAGCACGUCUUCCGUAAGUUUCGCAGCUACGGUGAUCAAGCUAUCAUACAGAGUAUUAGCACCUUUAUUUGUCGGUCAAUUGACCCAGUACUGGCUCCCGUCCGUCGCGAAGUGGGCGAAGAAGCACAAGCCUUCCCUGAAAAAACUGCAGGAACACCUCCUGACGUUCAUCGUCUACGUGACCUUCGUGAAGCUGGACGUCGGUGCUGAUCGCGGCGUCUGUCAUCGCCUUCACGCCAUCGACGCGACUCGUGGCCAUCAGACGAGAUGGUGGGCGGUUUUUCUUUCGAGUUUGAGUGAAUUCGGACCGCGUCGGGGCCGUCGCGGCGUGUCGGAGAGAGCGCUUUCAUGAAGAUGGCGUGAGGUGGCUCGCACCGACGCGGUCGCCGCGACGGCGUCGGCGCGAUGCCACGUGAGAGUCUACACGUCUCGGGAGUGCACAGAGGCAGUUUCGUGACGGCGUCGUUCCACGCAGGCGUCGGCGCCGUCGACGUCAUUAUCAUGAUCAUUGUACAGUGUUUCCUAUUGGUAGCGUCCAUGGGCGUCGCUUGGGUCAUGUUGGGGCUCCUGCAUUUCGACAAGAAACUGCGGGUCAUGGGUUUGUAUGGGUGCACGCACAAGACGGUCGCGAUGGGCGUCCCGCUCAUCACGGCCAUCUACGAGGGUGCGGGGCAGCCUUUGGGGUUGUAUUUGCUGCCGUUGCUGGUCUGGCACCCGUCGCAAUUGGUCAUCGGGUCGUUCCUCGCGCCGCGUCUACUCAGGUGGGUCGGGCCUUCCUCAGAAUCGUCGGGGGAGUUGUCGGUCUGAGGCUGUUUGUGUUUUUUGGCUAUAGUAGUUGAUAAGUGAAUUACGAACAUAA